AUGGUCGACCCCAACUCUCAGAAUCCUUACGCUCCAUUUGCGUCACGGCUCGAUUGGGAGAUGGCGCGCUGGGCAAAAUUGCGUGGGUCCGGGUCAACAGCAUUCUCCAACUUGCUUGCAAUACCAGAGGUCCGCGAGCGCUUGGGCCUGUCAUUCAAGAACUCGGAUGAAUUGAACAAGAUCAUUGACAAAGAACUGCCAACCCGCCGUCCAAUGUUCCGUCGCUUCGAAGUUUGCAUCGGUGGCGAGCGGUUUGAUAUGUUCAACCGCGACGUCAUAGAGUGCGCACGAGCACUCUGGGGCGAUGGCGAACAUAUGCCGUACUUGUGUUUCGGCCCGGAGCGCCACUAUGCUGAUGCCGACCACACACUCCGUCUCUACCACGAUAUGAACACAGGAGAGUGGUGGUGGGCGACACAGAAGAUGCUUGAGAAGCAGAGACCGGGCGCGACUGUUAUGCCCAUUAUCAUCUCGUCAGACAAGACGCAGCUGACGCAGUUCCGUAACAAGACAGCAUAUCCAGUCUACCUUACGAUCGGUAACCUACCAAAGGAGAUCCGCCGCAAGCCAUCACAUCGCGGACAGAUACUCCUCGCCUACCUGCCAGCAAGCCGACUACAGCAUAUCAAGAACAAAGCAGCUCGCCGUCGGACGCUGGCCAAUGUCUUCCACGCUUGCCUUUCCGAAAUCCUCAAACCGCUGCGCCGCGCAGGUGUUGACGGUAUCCAGAUGACGAGCGGUGACGGGAUUGUGCGCCGCUGCCACCCUAUCCUCGCCGUGUAUGUUGGGGACUAUCCCGAGCAGUGCCCACAUGACGAGCUAGGGACUUACCCUUGCGAGUCGGCCUUCCGUGACGUCAACGAGGCCCUCGAUGCCCUAGAUCUCUUUGGUACCGCGGACUAUAACCGCGCCUGCGAGGCCGCGGGCAUCAAACCGAUCCAACAUCCGUUCUGGGAACAUCUCCCGUAUGUCAACAUCUUUCAGUCGAUUACCCCGGACGUGCUGCACCAGUUGCACCAAGGCGUUAUCAAGCAUGUUCUUGCAUGGAUCACUGAUAUCGUUGGCAAGGACGAGGUUGACGCGCAUGUCAAACGACUGCCGCCCAAUCAUUGUAUCCACAGCUUUCACAAAGGCAUCACUGGCCUGUCGCGCGUCACGGGCACCGAGCACAAACAGAUGUCCCGGUUCAUUCUCGGGCUCCUUGUCGAUGUUCCCUUACCUCGUGCGGAGUCUUCAGAGCUUGUCGGCGCUACAAAAGCCCUGCUCGACUUCCUCUACAUGUCCCAGUACUUGGUUCACUCGGACACCACUCUUGAGGCACUCGAGGGCUCGCUUGCUGACUUCCACGCCAAGAAAGACGUCUUCAUCAGACUUGGUGCUCGCGGUAACUUCCUGAUACCAAAACUCCACAUGCUGACCCAUUAUGUCCGGGCCAUCAAACUCUACAGAACGACCGACAAUUACAACACCGAGUCGACCGAGCGCCUCCAUAUCGACUUCGCGAAAGAGGCCUAUCGUGCGACGAACCGCAAGGACGAAUUCCCGCAGAUGACGAAGUGGCUCGAGCGUCGUGAGAAAGUGCUACAACAUGCCGACUACGUCCAAUGGCACCUAUUGUGCGCAGACGGCAGUCGUGACACCGUGAUUGCUUCACGUCAAGGUGUACGUUGGCGGCCACCGGACAUGGCAUGUACUCUCUAUCACCUGAUGACGAAGUACCCAAGCCGCAAGGCUGUUCCUGUCGCGCAGCUUGUAUCUCCGGACGGCUAUGGCGCGACCCAUCUGAUGCCGGCACUCACUCGCUUUCUCGUGGAGCACAAUAACCCAGGUCUCUCACGGAACGCAGUAGAACCUCAAUCUUCUUUUGUUCGGUUUCCCUUCACUUUGCUCCCAGUUUUCCACAAGAUCAAAUUCCGCAAUGUUGAGUACCACGGCAAGGAAACACUUGACGCAAUACACGCACGACCACGGAAACUCAGCGCUAAUAGUGACAUCCUCAUACCUUCUCGGUUCGACACCGCCCUUGUGCGCGUGCGGCAGCCUGAGGAUCAAGCCAUGCCUCGUAUUGGCCUCUCAGACACGCGUAUAGGUCGAGUCCGUGCGAUCUUCUUGAUCCCAGAGAAAGUUCGCCAUCAGUUGAUCCCUUCGGCCCCGAAUUUACGAUAUCCACGUCACCUCGUAUAUGUGGAAUGGUUCUCUAAGUUCGCGCGCACUCCAGAUGCUCACUAUCAAAUGUGCAAGGUCACAGCACUGACAGGUCGCAAGCAGAUCGCAUCAGUGGUACCUCUCGCAUCACUUGAACGCAGUGCCCACCUUCAUCCGAAAUGGGGUGGUCCUGCUCCUGCGCAUUGGACGAGUGAGAAUGUGUUGGAUGAGUGUAGGACAUUUUACUUGAAUCUGUACAAGAGCCCACACGACUUCUACAAUCUGUACUAGCCCUGAAUAUAUUCGUACAUUUGUCAUGAUUCAUGAAAUUCUCUGGUGGUUCGUCGCAACAUAGAAAAUCAGCAGAUUAGUAGGAUAUCAUCAACGACUACUCUAUAAUUAGCUACCCAGUCUACACGACCUGGAGAAUGAUGUACAAAUACCGGAAAACAUGACGUUUCGGGGUUUUACCACUAAUGUUGAUACAUCUGUGCUAUU